AUGUCAGGCUUAUUGAAACGUUUAGAAGUUGGAAAUGCUCCCAAGGGACAUGUUUGGUAUAACAAAGAUCUUUUACCAACUCCGGUUGAAUCAAGAACUUGGAAUGUCUAUCAUUUCUUAUUUUUUUAUUUCACCACCUCAUUAACACCUUCCUCGUAUAAUUUGGGAAGUACUUUGGUUUCUAUGGGUUUGCUUUAUUGGCAUGGUAUUAUUUGUGCUGUUGUUGGUAGUUUCUUUCUUUCUAUCAUAUUGGUUUUUAAUUCAAGAGCUCCAGCUGUUUAUCACUUAGGUUUCCCAACCAUCGUUAGAUCCGUUGCUGGAAUGUAUGGGUCAUAUUUUUUCAUUUUUGUUAGAAUUUCUGUUGCCACCAUUUAUUUUGCUGUGCAAACAUAUUUUAGUGCCAACUUAAUGUCAGUAUUAUUGAGAUGUGUCUUCGGUCAUAAAUGGGCUAAUUUGGAAAACACUUUAUCUGCUAAUUCUGGUGUUAACUCAAAAGUUUUAUUAUCAUUUUUCAUUGUUUGGUUAAUCCAAGGUCCUUUGAUGUUCUUACAUCCUAAACAUCAAAGACAUAUCUUCACCAUCAAGAUGUUCACCACCACUGCUGCUUUAUUCGGGGUAUUUGGUUAUUGUGUUAGAAAAGCUGGUGGUACUUUAGGAACUCCAGAAUCUUUAGCAGAAGGUAGAGUUUAUGGUACCGAUUUAGCUUGGGGUAUUGUAAGUGGUAUUAACUCCAUUAUGGGUGCUUUAUGUCCUAUUUUAAUUAAUACCGGUGAUGUUGUUAGAUAUGCUAAAAAACCAAGUGACGCUGCUUGGAUUCAAUCAUUUGCUGUCUUAUGUUCCAAAGUUUUGAUCACUUUCCUUGGUUGUGGUACUACUUCAGCUGCCAAAGUUUUCUUAGGUAAAGCCUUCUGGAAUCCUUGGGAUUUAUAUGAUGCCUUAUUAGACUAUAACUGGUCUCCAUCAAUGAGAGUUGGUAUCUUCUUUGCUUGUUUGGGUAUGAUUAUUGCUUUAGUUGCUGUUAAUCUUGGUACAAAUUGUUUACCUGUAGGUGCUGAUCUUACUGGUAUGGCUCCAAGAUAUAUCACAAUUGUUAGAGGUCAAUUCUUAUGUUGGUUAAUCUGUCCAUUAUUAUUCCCAUGGAAGAUUGUUUCAAGUGGUUCUGCCUUCUUAGCUUUCUUGGGAAGUUAUUCUGUCAUGUUAUGUCCAAUUUGUGCGGUCAUGAUUUAUGAUUACUUCAUCAUCAAAAAAGGUAAUCUCCAUAUCCCUUCAUUCUAUAACCCAGACAAAAGUUCAAUGCUUUGGUACGAAAGCCGUGUUGGUGUCAACUGGAGAGCUAUGGCUGCUUGGCUCGGUGGUUUAGGUUUAACUAUUUCUGGUGUUUCUAACUCCGUUAAACCAGGUUCCAUCGGUGAUGCUGCCAUCAAAAUUUAUAAAUUAGGAUUUUUGCUUUCCUUUACCAGUGCUUUCUUAUUCUACGGAAUUAUUUGUUACUUCUUCCCAGUCAAACAACCAUUACCAAAUAACAUGGAUAUCAAAGAAGUUAAAUUCGAACAAUUCAGUGAAAACGAUGGUUACCUCGAUGGUGAAACUAUCUUCGAUAUUGAAGGUUUAAAUGAAUCUUUAGGAGAAGGUGAUGUCGAAUCUACUUCUUCAUCUUCUGAAAAAAGAGGCCAAAUACUCGUUCAUGAAAGGGAAGUUUAA